AGUCACAUGACCAAACAGGAAGCGAGGGAAACCUUCGUCCCGAACUUCCCGAAAGCAGCUGCUGAUUGAAACCGAGUCCGAACCUGGAUUUUACUUUGAAAGAAUCAGCGCGAGGGAAGUAUGGAGGAUGACGAACUUCCGUCAGAGGAUGGGCUGGGUGGGCGUGGCUCUCUUCCUGCUGCUCAGCGUCAUGGUGGCGUACUACAUCUUUGAGGUCAUCAGUCUGGAGAAGGUGCAGAGAGACGGCAUCGACUCACUGGCCCUGCCUCCUGCCGUCUCCGCCCACCUGCCGCCACUUCCUCUGUGGGUGUGGGCGUCGGUGUUCCUGGUGCCGUACCUGCAGCUCUUCCUCUUCCUGUUCUCAUGCACGAGGGCGGACCCCCAUGCUGUGGGAUACUGCGUACUUCCUGUCUGCGUCUUUCUGAUGUGCAGUCGCCGUGGUGCAGCCAAACCAGCCAAUCACAGAGCUGGACUGCUCAUUCACAUGUAGAGGCAAAUGGACAAGUAUGAUGUCACUUCCUACAGUUUGAGGCUUCCUGCCCUCAGCCCUGACUGUAACGAGCUGACCAAUCAGCGAGCAGCAUUCCCCGUUUGUUUUUUCUGUUUCUAAUGACAUGACACACUGGUUACCAUGGCAACUUUAAUAUGACU